AUGUUCUAAUUUAUCAAAGACUCAUUUGAAUAAGUGGCCUCUAAAGUCAAACAAAGUGGAGUUUCAUCUAAUUCAGUCAAAGUCAACUUAAGCUAAUUUGAGGAUCAUUAAUCCUCCUUUUAAACAGCUAUUUAUUAGAAGUAUUUGAGAUAAAAGCUAAUCAAUAAAUUGAAUUAAGUAAGAACUUAAACAAUAUAAAUAUUAGUUUGUAGGUAAAAAAGUACUUGUGAUUGAUUCAUUUAUUGCAGAUAUGCUUAAUCUAGUUGUAGAAUCUAUGUAGAUUUUGAAAGAAAAUGGAGUUGAUUAAAUCUAUUAUAUUGAUUCUGAUUAAUUAGAUGUGGAAUCUAAUCAAAUUAUAUUUUUUGUGAAUCCAGAUAGAUAAUAUAUGAAAAGAAUUGUUAGAAUCAUCAGAAAUAAUUAACUUGCUAAUUUUAAUAAAAAAUACUUAUUAAUCUUCUGUCCUCGUUUAAAUAUUGUAUGCAAAGAUUAUUUAGAAAAAGAAGCUGUUUUAGGUGAUUUAAUUUUAACCAAUUUUAAUUUUGAUUUAAUACCUUUAGCUAAUGAUUUACUCUCAUUAGAAAUGAAUAAUUGUUUAAAACCAUUAUAUAUUGGAUAAGAUAUGCAAAUUUUGUAAACUAUUGCUGAAUCUAUAUAAAGAAUAGAAUUAGUGCAUGGAAAAUUUAAAAAUAUUUAUGCAAAAGGUAAUUAUGCUAAAUAUGUAAUUGACAUUCUAAAAUAAAAAAAAUUAUAAGGAGAGAUAAUAGAAGAUGAAAUUAGCUUUAAAGAAUCUAAAAUGCAUACACUUUUGAUUGUAGAUAGAAAGGUUGAUUUUAUUACUCCAAUGUUGACUCCAUUCACUUAUGAAGCUUUAAUUGAUGAAGUAUUUACCAUCAAACAUAAUUCCAUCAAUCUAGAUAUUAUCAAAAAUGAAUAAGCUUUAAAAGAUAGACCAAAAUCAAUGAAACUUAAUGAUUCUUAUUAUAAUAGAAUCAAAAUUAUGAAUAUUAAAUAAUGUUAGCGAAUUCUUGAAGAAAAAAGAUAAAAUAAUAAAUCUAUGAUUUAAUCCAUGAAAUAAUAAGAAAGUAAAAUGAAUAUGAGUGAUAUGAAUUAAUAUCUCACCAAAUUACGUUAGAUUCCAAAAGAACAAAACAUUAUUCUUGACCGUAAUAAUUUACACUAUUACAGAUCUUAUUGUUAGUUAACAUUUAAGUAAAUAGUUAGAAUCCAUUUUAUUUAAUAUGUGCGUUAAUUAAGAAGUGCAUGCAAUACUUUAAACUAAGUCAUAAUAAGUUGAAUAAAUGAUAGAAAAUCUUAUAUCUAUUGGUGCACCCAUCACUAAAGUUAUUAGAUUAUUUAGUCUAUACAAUUAAAUUCAAAAUGGCAUGAAGACUAAACUCUAUGAUUUUUAUCGUAGAGAAAUUUUACAUAUGUAUGGUACUGAGCAUAUCAUUACACUUGAAAACUGUGAAAAAAUUGGUUUAAUUGGAAAAAAAAUCAAUGAUACACAUAUUUGGGAAAAAAUUGAAAAGCCAUUACGUCUUAUUAAUGAAGAUGUAGAUCAUGAUUCUCCUGAAGACUUUUCUUAUGUUUUUCUUGCAUAUGCACCAAUUAUGUAUAUUAUAAAUGAUAAUGAGAGUUCGAAUUUUUGAAGAAUUAAUAAUAAAAAAUACAUGGGGACCAUUAGUUUUACAAGCUUUAAAAGAAUUACCUGGAGAACUUCUUAUGCAAUAAAAUUUAAAUUAACUUAAAGGUGAAGAAGUUAAGGAAGAUUCAAAUUAAAUUUAUGUUAUUUAUUUUAUUGGAGGUAUCACAUACGGAGAAAUUGCAGCAAUUCGUUGGCUAGGAUUGCGUUACAGUAUAAUCCAUUUAUUAUUUUCUUAGAAAAAGAUAUUCAAAUUUGCACAACCCAUAUUAUCAGUGGAGAUAAAUUGGUUUAAGAGAUGAUUUAAAAUUAAUGA